AACGAAAUAGGGAAUGGAAACAAAUUUCUUUUGUGGAAUUUCCAUUUCGUUUCGGCUGUUGUAUGAGGGGCAAAAGUGAGGCAGAGCACAGGCGAAGGUACAAGGAAAUGGCAGUGGGGCUGCUGCUGCUGCUUCUGCUGCUUUUGCUCUUUCUCCUCCUCCUCCACCACCAGCUCCACCAUUUUCUCGGCUCACCCAUUCCCCAACAAAACAACAAACCAAAGCCCCAUCAAGGCCACUUGGUUCUCCCUCGUAUUUAAAUCCCUCCCUCCCUACCCUUCUCUUUCUCUGGCCCAUCUCCCUUUCCCUCUCUUACCCCCCUUCUUUCUCUCCAUAUAUAGCUGGCCCGAGUUCGUUAGCCUCCUCCCUCCCAAAGGACGCUUCUUGCUGCGCCAGGCCGAUUCCGGAGGCGGAGCGGAUGGCGUUGUGCUGAGAAAGUUGGGAUUUUGGACGCAAUUGAGCCACGAUUUCCUCGUGCCGCCUUGCUUACAUGGGGAGGAGGGAGUACGACGGAGGCGGGGGAAUGCCGGGAUGGCUGUGUGGGCUGGUGGAAGAGAGCUUCUUCGUGGGUUGCCCCGCGCACGAGAGCCGGAAGAAGAACGAGAAGAACAUCUUUUGCCUCGGCUGCUGCACCAGCAUCUGCCCUCACUGCGCCCCCGACCACCGCUCCCACCCUCUCCUCCAGGUGCGGCGCUACGUGUACAAUGAUGUGGUUAGAUUGGAUGAUCUUGAGAAGCUCAUAGACUGCUCAUAUGUUCAGCCUUAUACCAUAAACAGUGCAAAAGUGAUCUUUCUAAAGCCAAGGCCUCAAUCGAGGCCUUCCAAGGGCUCUGCCAACAUUUGCUUGACCUGUGACAGAAUCCUCCAAGAGCCCUUCCACUUCUGCUCUCUCUCCUGCAAGGUGGAUCAUUUUCUGAUACAAGGUGAGGACUUGUCGAGCAUACUAGUCGACGAAUCCGAGAUCGCCUUCUCUCACUUUGAGAACCUCAGGAUGGACAGCUCCGACCCCCUCGAGGAUGAAAGCCAGAUGAUCGCCGGUGGUGCGAUAGUAGAAGAGCCACACAACAGCGACGGUGAGCCGUCCGACCACCACGACCAUGGCAGGGGCAGCUCAGGAACAAAAAACAACAAGAGUGAUGGUUUCUUCCCAAAUCUAGUCCUAUCUGCCAAUAGCAACAAUAACAACAACAACAACAAGAGGAGGAAGAACAAAGCUCCUCAAAGAUCACAUCUGUCCUAGCUAGUCUCAUGGCAUGAGAACAGAAAUCCAAAAGAAAUUUAUCAUUUUAGUCUGUGUCUGAGGAGUUGAACUUGAAACUGAGCACUUCCAUUGCUGGUCAGGUGGUUGCAGUGGACCAUGGUUGAGGUCCACAGUUGCCUACCAAUUUUGCAUUGAUGCAAUGGAAUUAAUAGUGCCAUAUAUCUCUAUCCAUAUAAUAUCUGUAUCUAUUUUCCAUACUACGACAGUACUUCCAAUCUUCUCAGCUAAUCCACCGAUCGAGGUGUCUUC